GACAACACGUGCGCGCAUUCAACGUGUAUUUCAGUUGAGUUUUGUUUUUCGUCAAUUUCGGUGGUUUUCAACAUAAUCUAGUGCGAGAUUUAAGUUGAAUAGUUAUGGAAAGUGAGCAGCCAACGGCUGUGAAUUCCUCAGCUUCAAUUAAAGACUUUCAAUCCAGCGAAACACCCAUUGAAAGCGGAAAACAUAGCGCCAUGGAAGGAGACCCAUCAGCAGAUAAGGUGCAAACAACGCCCACAGCAGAAACCACAAACGCAGUCGUAGAACCUGUACAAAUGGAGCACCAAGUGGAGGAUAAGUCAGCCAAUGAGUCAACAGAAGGAAACCCAUCGAUUUCUGUUCAGGAAAAUUCUCCAGUUUCAGUUGGAAGUCCUAAAAAUGACCAACAGGUUGCAGGAAUGGAGUGCGAGGCAUCAGCAGCAGGGGAGCAGGAAUCUCCUCAAGAAAUGGAGUGUGAAGCACUUCCUCCAGUGCAGCCCGCUCCAGAUGCCAACCCAGAUCCUCAACCCAGUGGCCUUAGUCUUUUGGCUGCCUACAGCUCCGAUGCCGAUGACUCGGAUGUGGAGGAAGUUACCCCACUCCAAGAUAGCGACAACGAAGUGGUCGAAGUUCCACUGACGGACACCGCCUCCUCCACCGCCUACCGUCCAGUGGUGGCAGUCAGUUCGGGCGGUGAAACUUCAGAGAGCAGCAGCAGCAGCGACUCGGAUUCCGACUCCGAAGGAGAAUACCUCACUGUGCUGCGCAAGAAGAUCGACAAGAGGAUCAACACGGUGGAGUGCGAUGAGGAUGACGAGGAUUUGGACGAAGAUGGAGCCACCGGGGAUCGUUCCCGGCGUCGGCAGCCGCCAAAAGUGCGCGGGGAAAUGCUCCUCGAUGAGCUGCCGCCCAUCCAUCAGCUGGAGAUUACUGUGCCCGAGGAUGAGUGCGUUGAGCUGGGCAAGGUUCAGUCCAUUGUGGAUCAGCUCGUUCUCGUUUCCGUGCUGCCCAAUUCCAUGCUUUUCGAUCUGGACACGGUGCUGUUCCUGGAGAAGGGUCGCAAGGUUCUGGGCGAGGUGUUCGAUGUGUUGGGUCAGGUGGCGGAUCCGCUGUACUGCGUCCGCUUCAACAGCAACCAACAGAUCUUGGAUAGAGGCAUAAAAAUCGGCGAUGUCGUCUACUGCGCCCCGAAAACCGAACACACCCAGUUUGUGAUCCUCUCCAAGCUGAUGCAAGUUCGAGGAUCGGAUGCCUCGUGGGAGCACGACGUGGAACCGCCUUCGCGCUACAUAGAUUACUCGGAUGAUGAUGAGGAAAGGGAAGCCAGGCAGGAGCAGCGCAAACGCCGUCAGAGGGAUAGGACAAACUCUACGGACUCGGUGGAUACGGUAACCUCAGUGGCGACAACGGCCACGGAGGCCUCUUCGGUGGCUCCUUCGCCUUCUCCUCGCCAGCGCGGGCGUCGCGGACAAAGGGAGAGCUUCCGGCAGAACCAGAGACCCAACAAUUCGCAGGACAACCACAAUCAGGCUCGCGAUCAACAGUACAACUACCAUCCCAGCUAUAAUCCAGGAAGCUGGCACUCGAACUACUAUCAAAACUACCAUCAGGCAGCCGCUAACUUCAAUAUGCCGCCGCAGCAGCACUUCCCAGUGCCCAAUUAUGGCUACGGAAUGCCCUACGCCAUGCCGCCAAUGUAUCCUCACAUGUACCCGCCACCACCGCCCUUCGCCCAUCCUCCUCCUCCUCCAAACAACCAUCAAGGACAACCGCCACCCAGCUAG